CCUCCAUAUUGCGAGGUCUGCAAGACGUUUGGCCACGGCUCUCAUCUCUGCACUCCAGCUCCUGCUCCUGUCGAAGGUGAGCCGACUGACCCUACUGUUGUCGCAGGCGAGCCGUCUGGCCCUUCUCCCUCUGCCGUUGCUGGAGGGCCUUUGAACCAGUCUCCCCCUAAUACCGUCGGUGCGGUGCCAAGUGCUCAACAGGCUGUAAGGACUUUCCGCUCGCCAUCCCGGGGAAGAACUAGAAACAGGAUCUGUCAUCGGAAUUUUCGCCGGAAAGAGGCCGACCAGUUGAUUCAACCGAGCCAGCAGGCUUUCUCCACUGACUUGAACAGAUUCAGUGUCCUUGCUGCUGACGAUGAUGCAGAUGAGUCUGUCCCCAACUCGUGCCCUGAAAAGCUCUCCUUUGAUGUUAUCUCCAGAAGCAGAUCGAGUAUGUCGAAAGAUUCUACCCAUGAACCUUCCGUUCCCGGCUCUCCUGGCGCUUCUGCCUCUGCAGCUGCUCCGAUAUCGUCAACCUUGGCGAUUUGCUCUGCAACCGCAACUGGCCCCCUGCCUUCGCUUUCGUCUCAAGGUACCCCUACGGCAAUUUUGCCUCUGGUGACGAAGACUGUUACAGCUUGGGUCUCACCCUUGGGGCUGGGAGGAGAUUUCAAUGUGAUUAGAUUCAGUCAUGAAAAGCUGGGAGGUGAUCAGUUGGAUUUGGAAGCAAUUAACUCUUUUAAUGAGUGUAUUGAGGACAUGGGUGUAAAUGAUCUUAGAUGGACUGGGUUCCCUCUAACUUGGUGCAACAAAAGAGCAGGUUCAAAUCGGAUCUCUUGUAAACUGGACAGGGUUAUGGUCAAUGAGGAAUGGCUUUCAGCCUUCCCUUCUUCUCAUGCAAAUUUUGACAACCCGGACAUUUCAGACCACUCCCCCAUCUCUCUAGCUAUUCAGCCCUUCCCUUCCUUUGGCCCCAAACCCUUCAAAUACUUCGACAUGUGGGCCUCUCACCCCUCCUUUUUAACCACAGUUAUUCAAGCUUGGGAAAAACCUGUCACUGCUUUCUCUUCCCCUCUCAUUACUUUCUCCAAAAAGCUCAAAAAUGUCAAGGCAGCCCUCAAGGAUUUGAAUUCCACUACUUUUGGCAACAUAUCUCAGCAGGUUUUGGACUGCAAGGACAGAGUUGGCUCUAUUCAGAUUCGGCUGCAAUCGGAUCAUUGCAAUGGUGCUUUAGCAGAUGAAGAAAAAGUUACUUCUCUUGAGCUCUCUUCCUUACUAGCUCGAGAAGAGAGCUUUCUAAAGCAGAAAUCUAGAAUCAAGUGGUUAGAGCUGGGGAACUCAAACUCUGCUUAUUUUCACAGAUCUCUGAAGGACAAAGUAAAUGCAAACUCCAUUGUUCACCUUACAGCCCAGGAUGGUUCUAUUGUCUCCACAGUUAAAGAUAUCAAAGACUUGGCUGUUCAACAUUUCAAGGGUAUCUUCACCAGCUCUCAGUUGUCCUCUCCUCCCAUCCCGAAUGGCCUGCUCAACAAAUUAAUCCCCUCAACUCUCCUUGACUCUUUGAGCUCCAUUCCAAAUAAAGAUGAGAUUGUAGCUGCCAUCCACUCUCUCAAGGUGUCGGGAGCUCCUGGCCCGGAUGGUUUCAGUAUGGGUUUCUUUUUAGCUGCCUGGGACAUCAUCAAAUUGGACCUUAUUGCUGCCAUUGUCAGCUUCUUCUAUAACCCUUAUCAGGUCAAAGGUAUCAAUCACACUUUCUUCUACCUCAUCCCCUAA